CGCUAGUCAGUUAACAUUUAACAUUAAAUCAAUACAGAUCUCAAACUUUAAAAAACAAAAUAAAAAAUAAAAAUCAGUAAAAUAUAUUAAUAAACAUCAUGACCUUUAAAUACAUUUUGGCUUUAAGUUUAAUUGGUGGACUGGCGAUUGUAAAUGCCGGCGAUAGUGAAAUAACCAAGUUUAUGAAACAUUUGGAAGUGAUACCCGAUGUCCUGGACGAGGGACCAAAACAUUUCCUAAAGAUCACCUAUGACAAUGGCAUUUUGGCUGAUAAAGGGGUGGAAUUGACACCCACCCAGGUGAAAAAUCAACCAAAGGUUGAAUGGGAUGCUGAGGCUGGUACCUACUAUACCCUGCUUAUGACAGAUCCUGAUGCCCCCUCCCGCAAAGAUCCUGUCAUUCGAGAAUGGCAUCAUUGGUUGGUGGGCAACAUUCCCGGAGAUCAACUGAAUAAAGGUGAAGUUUUGACAGCCUAUGUUGGCUCUGGUCCACCAAAGGAUACCGGUUUACAUCGUUAUGUCUUCUUGUUGUUCAAACAACCCAAAAAAUUGGAAUUUGAUGAGAAACGUUUCAGCGAUAAAGAAGCUGCAGGACGUGAGAAAUUCUCCACCAAAAACUUUAUAAAGAAAUAUAAUUUGGGUGCUCCUUUGGCUGGUAAUUUCUAUCAGGCUCAAUAUGAUGAUUAUGUGCCACUUUUGUACAAACAACUAGGUUUGUAAUCGAUGGCAAUGAGUAAAACCGUAUUCAUUCUCUGUAUUCAUCAUUAAUUAUAUUUUACACUUUAACUUUGUCUUUUGUAAUGGACCCACUCUUGCAUCCAUCUGGUUUGUUUCAAAAUAUACCAAAUCACCAAAUUUCAAACUAGUUUUGAGGUUGGCAAAGAUGCUGUUGCUGAUCUUACCAACCGGUAGUCUUAAGUUAUAAACCUAAUAAAUCUUUUAAUUAGCAGGGAGCCAGCAGCUGGCUACGUGCGCUCGGCGAAAGCAAAAAAGAUAAAUUAAUAAAAAUCAUGCUUAGCAUAAA